AAUGAAUAUCCCAUAUCUAACUCUAAGUGACCCAUUUAGGGCGCGUUUGGCUUAAUGAAGGGUGGGGGUGAAGAUGGAUAGAGUUUGAUAGUUUCACAAUAAUCAUCCUAAUCACUCUAAAAGCCCUUGAUCGAAUCGGAAGGGAGGCGAAAAAACCCAACCAAACGCACUCACUAUCUUUUAAUCGUGUUUUUUUCUCUAUAUAUUCACACUUUUAAGCUGCGGGCAGGCAUGGGAAAUCAGCAGCAGGGUUUCCCGCCGAUCCGAGCAAAAGUGGUUAAGCCGAAAGCGGUGGCGGCGCAGGAGAAGACAAGAACGCCGCCGGCCCUUUGUCGGGAAAAAACCUUGGCCAAGUAGAAAGCAACAUCGAAGGUGAUCUUGUGGCCGUCCUGGGCGAGGAGGCGGCGGCUUUUUCCGAAGAAUGCGAGGAGUACGAUGACGGUGAUCCAGGUAACGAUGGUUGUCCGGACGGCAAUGGCGAGCAGGACAGCGGCGGCGAUGAGGAGGAGUGAAAUGGCGGCGGCGGUGGUCAUCCUGGGAAUGAGGGAGAAGGAGAGGGAUUGGAAGAAUUUGUUGUGUGUGGAGGGGACGAUGAUGAGGGAAUUUAUCUGCUUGAGGAGAAAAUCUAAGGAAUGAUAGGCGGGGCGGGUGAGCGUGGGAUAACGAGGGAGGCAUAUGGCUGUGAUGUGGGCUGCACAUGGCAUGGCCGGACAGUUGGGUCUUGUGGCCUUCUGCAUUACUACCUAGUCAGUCAUGUGUGGUAUCUAGAUUCAGGUUGCUCCACACACAUGACUCGGAAGAAAGAGCUGUUGAGCAACUACAUCGACAAGUUCGGUGGAAAAGUGAGAUUUGGAAACAAUGAGUCUGCUCCUAUCCUUGGAUACGGAGAUAUCUGUAACAGGAAGGUUACAAUCAAAGAUGUGUCAUACGUUGUUAGAUUGAUGCACAACCUGUUUUGC